AUGGAAAACACCAAGGGCAAUAAAGCCGGGCCAUGGCUCAAAGGCGAUAGUUUGCUAGCUAUACUGGCGGGCAGUGAGCCCACUGCGCAAAUCUUGACAGCGAUUUUUCAUGAACUCUCAAUGCAUCGUGAGCAUAUAGCCGAAAUUCGCGAAGAAUUGGGCGUUGUAUGUAUUACCGAUAUUAAGGCCCCCACAAAAACUACCAUACCUAAAUGCCAGGCAAUGCGCCUCCAUCCAAAUCUUUUGACUGGAGGCAGUCGGAAAACAACAGAAAGUGGAGUCACCAUUGACGGCGUGUAUAUUCCUCCACAUAUCACAGUUGUUACACCUCAUUACACUAUUGCCAAAUGUAUGUUAUUCUUAAUAUAUCGUACCAACGAGCUUCAUCAAUGCAGGCGAGGAUUGCUUUGUAAAAGGCACCCAAUUUAUUCCAGAACGCUGGACUACGAACCCCCAGAUGGUGCUGAAUUCAAAGGCACAUAUACCAUUCAGCAUUGGGAAGGACAUCUCAAUUUUCUAGUCAGACUGUAG